AUCGCUCCAACUACGUAAGGUUGCCGUGAUUGUUGACUCCAGUCGCUGCAGCCUUGGGUGCGACAUUAAGACUCACAAGAAGUCCUUUUACUAUUCAAAAGUUCAAUUUCUCACAUUUUGUAGUUUAUCAAGCAUUGUGUAGCAUCAUGCCAGACUCUCAUGACGCAGCACGGGAUGAUGAAGAACCUCAAGACGCCAUCACCGCCGAAGAAAUGACCGGCACAGCAUUGCCGGGGCAGCCUUCAAUAGGGACUGACUCGACCCAGAAGCGCGAUGCCUUCGCCGAACUUAUGGCUCCUAAACCAAAACAUCAUCCCGCGCCAAAACCCUCCAGACCGCGAGCGCAUCCCAAUCUCUUCAUUGGCCGGGACGGACUGGGCGCCUACAGCUAUGAUCCUACAGCCUUUGGUCCCGAGCGCGUAAUCUACUAUAACGACGACUUUGUCGUCAUUAAUGACUUGUACCCGAAAGCCGCUGUGCAUAUUCUACUUUUGCCACGAGACCCAUCCAAGUUUCUAUUACACCCGUUUGACGCAUUUGAGGAUAGGGAAUUUCUGGCGCUCGUGCAAAAAGAAGUUAAAUCGCUCCGGGUGCUGGUCGCCAAGGAGCUGCGGCGCAGAUAUGGCAAGUUCUCAGCCACGGAGCGCAAAAGGGAGGCGGCAUUGGAGGCUGCACUAGCUGCAGAUCCCAGAAAAGCGGAAUUGCAACAGCCCGAGGAAUCUUUGGAUCUGCCUCCUGGCCGUGACUACUCCACGUCAGUGAUAUCCGGGAUCCACGCACACCCAUCAAUGAGCCAUCUCCAUAUCCACGUCCUCUCUGUCGAUGCUGUGAGCGACUGUCUACACCAUCGCAGCCAUUAUAAUAGUUUCAAAUCACCCUUUUUGAUUGAUGUGGAGGAUUUUCCGCUUUCCCCAACAGACGUCCGGCGACAUCCUGGGCGAGAAGGAUACCUGCAGCGUGAUCUCGUGUGUUGGCGUUGCGGAAAGAAUUUUGGGAAUAAAUACAUCAGGCAUUUGAAAGAGCAUUUGGAAUGGGAGUUUGAGGAGUGGAAGAAGGAAUGAACCUAUCUGUGUUUUUUGAUAGUUGUUGGUUAUUUUGGGCGACAGGACUUCUCCUUUUCUUUUGGAUAUUACAAGUUAUUACUGGCAUUGUAUAAAAUCGAAGUCGAUGAGAUUUACGUUAUAGCAUUUCUAGAAAUACAGCGUUAUAGCAAUUUGGCAAUAUAGUUGAAUACCGGCGUUUUACGUCUAGCUUGAUUUAGUUGCCGCAUGAAAAGAACAUGCCAAGAUGUAAGACACAGAGUGGUGAAGAUAUAUUGUGCUCGAUAAAC